AUGUCAGGAAUACUCCCGGUGGACUGCUUCGCCCAGAAGCUGGAUUCCCUGCUCCAAAACGAAGCUACCCUCUUUCAAGGAACUCGCGACCAGGUCGAAGAGAUCAAACGCGAGCUGGCCGCCAUGAGGUCGUUUCUCGAGGAUUCCGACGCCGCUUCCGACAAAACCCACUCCUCCAAAUCCAAGCAAACCCAAGUCGCCCACGUCAGGGAUCUGGUCUACGACGUCGAAGACAUCAUCGACGAGUUCAUCUACCACCGCCGGAGGUACGCCGGGUAUCUCCGUACAGCUCUGUGCUUCCCUCUCUUAUUCUGGGAACGGCGUCGGAUUGCCACCAAGCUUCGCAAGAUCAACUCCUUGAUCAGGGCCAUACCGGAGAGGAAUCAGCGGUAUGAUCAAGUAAUACCACUGGAGGAAGAUCAUCAUCAUCAGAAAGAGAACGCGGCCGUGGUCAAUGCAGAGUCGGCUCUGUUUCUGAGAGAGGAAGACCUUGUUGGGAUUGAACCAUCUCGGAAACUAAUGGUCGAAUGGCUCAUCGGCGACGACGGUAGGCCCUCGCGGAGGAAGACUAUCUCGGUGGUCGGGAUGGGCGGCUCCGGUAAGACCACUCUUGUUGCAAAUGUUUUCAAAUCCCCAGCUGUGAAACGCUGCUUUGAUUGUGUCGCUUGGGUAACCGUCUCCCAGUCCUUUGUCAUUGAGGAUUUGUUAAGAAGCUUGAUUAGGGAAUUAGGGAUUCAAACUUUGGGGGAUCAAUUUAGCCAUAUUGGGUAUCGGGAGCUUGUUGGGAAGCUUGUGGGUCAUUUGGAACAGAAUAGCUAUUUACUUGUUCUGGAUGAUGUUUGGGAUGCUAAUGUAUGGAGUCAGAUCAAACUCUGGCUUCCAGAGACGGAGAACAGCAGAAGCAGAAUCAUUGUCACAACCCGGAUUCAAGACAUUGCAAUGUACUCUUCUUCCGAAGAUGGAAGUCAUGUUUACAAUAUAAAGCCGCUGGACAAGAACAAAGCAAUGGAGCUGUUUUGCAGCAGAGCGUUCUCCUCCAAGAAGAACUGCCCACCUCAGCUUCAGAAUCUCGCUAUCGACAUUGUGGAUAAAUGUCAAGGCUUGCCCCUCGCAAUUGUGUCGCUGGGCGGCUUAUUGUCAACCAAACAAUGUUCCGUAGCUGACUGGACGAUGGUGUACAACAACUUGCAGUGGGAGUUGAGCAACAACCAGAUGCUUCUGCCUAUCAAGAACAUUCUUCUGUUGAGCUACUACGAUCUGCCUUACCGGUUGAGGUGCUGCUUUCUCUACUGUUGUUUGUUUCCAGAGGAUUAUAAGAUAUGGUGCGGCAGGCUGACCAGGUUAUGGAUGGCUGAGGGGUUCGUGGAAGCGGCUGAUCAUGAUGGAUCAAUUACACCUGAAGAGGUUUCUACGGGAUACCUCAUGGAAUUGAUUCGUCGAAACAUGCUCCAAGGUGUUGAUUCAGAACUCUGGGUGAACGACAGUUCAUGCAACAUGCACGAUAUGUACCGUGAGGUAGGCCUUACAAUAGCGAAACAGGAGAAUUUCUUUCAUCGUCGUCUGUCUGUUCACCAAGCAAGUAAGGUGAAAUUGGGAGAAAUGAUCGAAUCUAUGGAGGGCAGGUCGGGGAUUCGGUCUUUAUUCUUGUUUCAUAACGAUGGAUGCAGUAGUACUGAUCCUUUCUCCUUGAGAGGAUUGAACUGCAGCCAUUUCAGAGUCCUGAAGGUGCUGGAUUUGGAAGAUGUUCCAAUCGAAGAGCUACCUCGCCACAUGGAUAGCAUGUUCAACUUGAGGUUCUUGAAUUUGUUUGGCACUCCACUGAAGAUACUGCCCAACUCAAUAGGGAAGUUGCAGAACCUGCUGACUCUAGACAUCAUGCACACAAAAAUCGAGACUCUUCCUAAGGGAAUCAUGGAGUUGCAGAAACUACGUCACUUGGCUCUAGGCGGAGUCCGACGCCCCAUCUCAAAGGAGUACAACGUCAUGGAUGGUGUAAAGCUUACUCCAGGAUCAAACAUUGGCAAUCUGAAGAACUUACAGUCACUACGCUUGGUGAAAGCCAGUGGAGAUUUGAUUAAGCAACUGGGUUCAAUGAGACAGCUAGUGGUUCUUGGGAUCAUAAACGUUACAGGCAGGGCUCAAAUGGAUGACUUGUGCAGGUCGCUCAAGAACAUGCCUUUACUGCAGAAGUUGAGCAUAGCAGCCAACGACGAGGACGAGAUCCUUCGAUUGGAUGCACUUGGUGGCGACCAAUCAGCUCAAUCUCAAUCACAAUCUCCUCCACUAAGAAAACUUCAGUACCUCAGCUUGUACGGGAAGUUGGAGAAGUUCCCUUGUUGGGUCUCGUCCCUGCCAUGCCUUGUCGAUAUGCAGAUGCACUGGAGCAGGCUGCCGGUGGAAGAGGACCCGUUGCAGCAUUUGCAGCGACUGCCGAGCUUGAGCAAUGUUGUUCUUAACAACGCGUACCAAGGGAGUGAGCUGAGGUUUCCUAGAGGGUUUGACAAUCUGAGGACGAUGGCUUUGAGGAAUUUCGAAAGCGCAGAAGGUAUGGUAAUAGAGGAAGGAGCCAUGCCGAUUAUCGAGAUGUUGCAGAUUGCUAAUUGCUUGAACCUGAAGACUGCACCAGAAGGGAUACAACGUUUGAGUGUGCUUGAAGAGUUGAGACUUGAAAAUGUUGCAGCUGAUCUUGUCAAGCGCAUUCGUGGACCAGAUCGUUGCUACGUUCAGCACAUCCCUCUUGUUCGACAUUCCCCCAUUAAGAAGAAAGAAAAGAUCUCGACCUUGUUUGGUUAUAUGAGGGACCGGCGGUACGAAUAUUCGAGGACACGGUCACGCUCACCGCCUUCAUCACCUCCUCCGUCGAGUCGGGGAAGAGACCGCGAUUUUGGAGAGAACUGGCGUUUUCCGACUACCUCCUACCAGGCUCCACCUGGUCCGCCAUGGCCCGAGCGGGACCCACCGUCCAGACCGCAUCCUGGGUUCGUUCCCCGGCGAGGGAUCGAUUACGAUAGCCUUAGGUCUAGGACUAGGACUAGGAACAGGUCUAGGUCGAGGAAUAGGUCUAGGUCUAGGUCCAGGUCUCGGUCUAGGUCCAGGUCUCCGAAGCGAUGGGCGGCGAGUCGGGAACCGCAAAGAAUCGACGGCAACUACAGGCGUUUCUCCGGUUGGAACCCCACGUCAACAGAUUUGGGUAUUGGGUCAAGCAGGCGGCGGGAAUACGAUAGAUUGUAUCCUGAGGACAGGUAUGGUCGUGAGGAAAAGCUGUCUGUGCCGUUCAGCGAGACGAUUCCAAGGAGGGAACCUGCUUUCUCGAAUUUUCAACGCGACAACCUAUUGGACGAUGACAAUGGUAACCCUAGCAGACCCACCAUUACAAGUCCAGGUCCGGCGGUGUAUAGAGAGGUUCCUGCGAAUCACUUCAGCAGGCUCUCUGAUUCUGUUGGCGUGGCUCGAAUUCCUGUCGAGACAUAUAGAAGAGAUAGGCCAAGAACUCAUUAUAAUUACAUUGGCUUGCCACCCACCAGCAAUGUGAAGAACUAUGACCAGCUCAGGGAUGGUGGUGGCUAUGGAUCUCCUUUGGGGGGAAGAGGAAGCUAUGCAGAUUCAAUUUUGAAUAAGAGUCAAGGAAAUGGGAGGGAGGCUUUAAGCAAUCCAGCUAAUUUUCAGCAAAGGCGCAUCGUUGGAGCAGACGAUGACGUCGAAGAUGAUUUGUAUUACAGGAGCACUCAUUUUAACUAUGGGAGAGAAGGGCACACCAAUGACAGAGAUUUUGAGUCUGACCAGGGAAUUGGAAAUCAUGGUUUAGAACGAAAUGUGGGUUCCAUUCCUUCAGGAGGCGAUUUGCAGAGAGUAAGAUCACCUUGUGAAGGUGUAUAUAGGAGCAGAGGUGUUCACCAACCUGUCUAUCCGCAGGAGGAGGUGGGUGUUCAUGGUCAGCUGGAAUUCUUUCAGGGGAGGAGUAGUGUGGAGUUAGAAGGUACUCAAGAGCAUCCAGGAAGUUUGUUUUUUCAUGAUGAGAAUCUAUUGAAUGAGGAUGAUGACCUGAGCAUCGGAGAUCAAGAUUGGGACUACAACGACAUUGAUGAUUCCUUACUCUUGGAGGAUUUAGAACUAAGGCAUACAGGACGGAUUUAUGGUAGCAACAGCCUUCAAGAAUCAUUGCUGUCAAAGAGGCAUGGGGGGAGAGGGAGUUAUGGCAACAACAAUCGUCAAGAACCAUUAGCAUCUCAUCAUUUCCUGCCAUCAGGACAAUGGCAUUCAGGGAAGCAUGUCAAAGCUUCUAAAGCAAACUUAGAGAAGCGCCUGGGCCCUGUUCAAAGUGUGAUGCAGCGAUUAGGACCAAGGUUGGGGCAUCCUGCUAAGCAACAAGCAUCUUUCCGUGCUGCAAAAGUUAAGGAGCGUUUGGGGCCUGCCAUAAAACCGGUGAAGAAAUCUGGAGAGGAUCGAAAUGCGGUUAAGCAGCUUCCCUGGAUGAAGAUUCGUGAAAAGGGACGUCAGGGGUCUUCUGAAGUAACCAUGAGCAAUCAAUCAUUAGAAAUGAAAGAGAAGGACAUGAAGUCUGAACCCCAGGAGAACUCUGAGGAGUUCAUCCAGCUCGUAAAUACUGCUUUCUUGAAGUUCUCAAAAUCUUUGAAUGAAAGUUCAGCCAAAAGGAGAAAGUACACAGAGCAUCAUGGAGAUGGUAUGUUGAGAUGCAGUGUAUGUGGCAGUGACUCCAAAGAUUUUGUGGACACAUUAAGCUUGGCACAACAUGCGUUUACGUCAUCUAAAGUGGGUUCCAGAUCGGAGCAUUUAGGUUUCCACAAAGCCCUUUGCUUGCUGAUGGGUUGGAUGUGGAACAUUGAUGAAGUCCUAAAAAAUGGUCCUUGGGUAAGGCAGAAAUUGCCCAAUGCAGAAGCUUCAUUACUCAAGGAGGACCUAAUCCUCUGGCCUCCUAUUGUCAUCAUUCAUAAUGUUUCCAUAUCAAAUGGAAUUUCCAAGAAGCGUAUCAUUGUAAGUAUUGAAGAGCUCCGGUCUGUUCUCAGAGGCAAGGGAUUCAGUCACUCGGUUAUCAACAUCUGUAGGGGGAAAGCUGCAAACCACAGUAUUAUGGUGGUAAGUUUUGCCGGCACAUUUUCUGGGCUGCAAGAAGCUGAGAAGCUUCACAGACUCUACGCUGAGAAUGGACACGGGAGAUCCGGAUUACAAGGAGUCAGUACAAGAACCGGCAGCAGGGAAGGCGACAGCAGGGAUGGCGGCAUCAGGGAAGGCGACAGCAGUGAUGGCGGCAUCAGGGAAGGCGACUGCAGGGAAGGCGACAACAAGGAUGGCGGCAUCAGGGAAGUCAACAGCACGGAUGGCGACAUCAGGGAAGGCGAGGACGCUGUAUUAGGCUCUCUAGUGGACGCAGUGGAAGCAGUUCUAUAUGGGUAUUUGGGGAUAGCAUGCGACUUGGAUAAGCUAGACUUUGAUAUGAAGAAGAGAUGUGUGGUGAAGAGCAAAAAGGAGAUAGACACAAUUGCAGAUGCCCCUGUCGGGGGUUAAGCAAAGGUUAAUCUAGACUUCUCUUAUCAUUUUGGUCUGUGCAAUGCCCCUCGUACGGUAAGUACGCAAGAUACGCAUCGACAGUCGGUCAAGUCGAUAACUUUGGUUCGACUGGCAAAGCAGAAUGGGUGGAAGAGUUUAUAUGAUUGUCUCUGCCACCACCUAUGCAUUUUGGCAAAUACCGGACAGAUAGAGGAGAAAUAGAUUCGAAGAACACUGAUAUUACUCGCGAUCUUUGCUUGUUAGGUUUUUGUUUAGUUUUAGAAGGCGGUAUCAGGAACUUUUGGGGAGAAUCGAAAAGGGAUCAACCAAUGUGCUUUCUUGGAAGGGCUACCUCAGACUUGUGACGGGUGAUGGGAGAUUGGGAAGAAGGGUGUGGCGCCAGCUUUCUCAAAGUUCAGUUUGCUUGAUUGAAGUCUCAAAGUUCAGUUUGCUCUGCACAAAGUCUGCAUUUUGUGUAUGGUGAAUGGGAAGACCACAAUGUUGUUGGAGUACCCAGAACUCGUGAGUGAAUCUUUACAUACAUCUUUUUGUAGAUCCUGCCAUACCAUACCUUUUGCCCUUUUCUUUUGCUCUUCUUCAGCCCUACGACAUUGGGAAUCUCCCCUUUUCUCUUGUUAAUACGUCCGUCAAUAUUUAGGCUGAAAGAAUUGGAGCUGGAAACUAAUCCUACUUUUCGUUCUGUGCAAUUUCAUUU